AAUAGGGCAGGCUCAGAUCAGCCGCCAUCUUCGAUCCAGAGCGAGGCUGAGGGGCCAGAAUGUUGCAGCCCAGCCCCCAUCCGGCGCUGCAGAUCUCCCCGAACGACGUCUCCGGCACCCACUACGGGCCGGAGCAGGAAGUGCAGGAUGAGGCGCCUGGCAGAGCUCGGAGGGGCGCCCGGAGGAACCUGCUGGAGCCCCAAAGAAGGAGAAUCCGCCCGGGCUGCCGGCUGCCAGGAGAGACGCCUGAGGACAAAGCGGAAGCCCCGUCUGGCAUCGGGGACCUGGUUCUGGCAGCUGAACUGAUGGAGAUGGCCGGAGUGUCCCCCUGCUAUGCCCAGCACCGGGGCGGGACCCAGCCAGCCGUGGAGCACGACCAUGGGGCCUACGGCGUCCCCCAGGAGCCGGCUGCGCUGGGCCGCAUGGUGCGGGAGCUGCAGGAGACGGUGCAUCGGCAGAACCAGCUGCUGCAGAGCUCGCAGGAGGCCCUGGCCGCCAGCCAGGAGCGCUGCCAGGAGCUGCAGGAGAGGUCGGAGAGUGAGUGCUGGGCGCUGGCGUCGGAGCUGGGCCUGCGGAUCGCGGCGCUGGAGGCGGAGAACCGGAACCUGCGGUGCGAGCGGGACCAGCUGGAGAGCCAGACGCAGGGGCUGCGGGAGGAGCUGGAGCGGAGCCGCAGCACGGUGCUACACAUCAGCCAGAAGCUGAAGGAGCAGGGCGGCCGGGCCGGGCCGGGCCGGUUCUGCCUGGCCAGCGUCCGGGACGACGGCAAGUGGCUGCGGUUCUACACCGGCUUCGGCAGUGCCCAGCGCCUGGCCGCGUUCCUGGCCUUCCUGACGGAGGGGGAGCCGCAGCGGGGGGCCGAGCCAGGCCCCCCCAGCGCCCUGAGCCCCGAGGACCAGCUCUUCCUGGUGCUGGUGCGGCUGCGGCUGGGGCUGCUCCUGCAGGAUCUGGCCUUUCGCUUCCACCUUUCCGAGGCCACCGUCUCCCGCUACUGGCUCGGCUGGACCCAGCUCAUGGAGACCCGGCUGGCCCAGGUGCCGGUGCGGUGCAGCCCGCGCUACGUGGAGCGGUUCGAGCCGCAGCGGGCGGCGCGGGUUGGGGGCGUCCCGCUGGUGGUGCUGGACUGCGCCCAGCUCUGCUUCGAGGGCCGGGGCCGGCAGCUCUACGCCCUGCAGGGCUGCGCCCUGGCCGCCCCCAGCGGCUUCCUGGCCUUCUGCUGCAGCGCCGCCUUGCGGGGCAGGGAAGGGGGGCCGGGGCUGCCCCCCUUCCUGCGGGAUGGGCCCGUGGCCCUCAGCGCCCAGCAGGGGGAGGCCAGCCGGCAGGUGCUCAGCCUGGCCAGCCUGGCCGACAAGGCCCUGCGCUUCCGCUUCCUGCGGGGGGUCCAGCCCCCCACCAUGGAGGGCCAGGUGGGGCGGGCCUGGGCCAUCUGCUGCUACCUGGCCUGCCUGCUGCAUGAGCCCAUGGGGCUGGCCUAGGCAGGGGGGUCUGCCUCUGCCCCCAGGGGGAGGUGGGCCUUGGGGAUUCCCCGCCUCCCCCCAGAGCUGACAGGUGUGGGGCUGGUACAGGGGCCCUGGAUUCCCCCCUGCCAGUGACUGGGGGGAAGGGAGAUCUGGGGGGUCAUCCAAGGGGGCUCACUGGGGGUCCUGCUCUCAGCUGUAGCUGAUCUAUGUGGCAGCCUGGAUAGGGCAUUUGGCCCCGCAAUGCCCCCUCUUGGGGGGGUCCACACUGGGAGGGGGCUAUGGGUGGGGGAGGGGCCGAGCCCUCCCCCUGAUUCCAGCCCACGAAGGCAGGAGGAUGGGAUGGUAUCGGGGCGCUGGAGGCAGCUGGAUCCCUCUCAUUCCCCCUUCCACACAGGUGCGGGUAAAGCGAGGUACAGAAAGACCAUGCUCAGCCCAGGGUGGAGGCAGGGAUAGAACCCAGGAGUCCUGACUCCCAGGACCCCAACCCCCUUGCUCUAACCACUAGUCCAGACUCCCCUCCUAGAGUCAGGGAGAGAAAUGGUGUCAAGUGGUUAGAGCGCACUGGGGCUGGGAGCCAGGACUCCUGGGUUCUGUCCUCAGCUUUGCUGCUUCUGUUUCCCACUUUUUCUCCCCCUCCUGCCCAGCUGGUCCUGUCCCCGGGCUCAAGCCAUUUGGGGGUGCCUGGAGAGGGGAGGCAAUUCCCCACCUUUGCCAAACGGGGGGGGCUGCAGGGCCACUGGCCCCAACCCUGCUGCUCUCUGUCUGGGUGGGUUCGUGGAUUAUUUGCAACCUGUCCCUGCUUUUGGUUGGAAAUAAACCAUUUGUUCCUGGGAACGGCGGUGAGGAGACAUCCGUGAGCAGGGCCCCCCCUCCAAUAAGCCACCUGUAUUGCAACCUAUGCCCUCCCUGGGGGCACAGCCCUGCCCCACAGCCAUGGGGAGCAGGAGAAAGCCCUGGGCCUCUCCCUUGAGAGAGUGGGAUUGUGGGUUCUCUCUCUCCCAGGCUCUGGGAGGGGAGUGGGGUCUAGUGGUUAGAGCAUGGCCUGGCCCCAGCUCUCCCCGGGGGGAAGUUGGCUGGAGGGGCAAGGCACUGGCCACUUGCAGCAUAAGUGAGGCACCUGCUGGGCUCUUCUCUGCCCCACUGACUCCAGCAGAGCCCUGGGGCCAAACAGAUGGGGUGUGUGUGUGUGAGAGAGAGAGAGAGCGAGCAUGCGCAACACAGCUCACCGGCCCCAAGCAGCCCACAGCCCCCCGGAGGAGCCUGAGCCCCAUUGGAAGGGGCAGCUGCCCCCAAAACCUAGCCCUGCCCCCCUCACAGCUGCUGUCUGUGGGAGAGGGACAGGGGCAAAUACAGAUGCUAUUGCAACCUGGGGCAGCCCAGGGGCUACUUAUCCAGGGACCCCUCCCCUGGUGCUGAGACACAGCCCCACGGCAGUGGAGCUGGUUAUCCAGGGAUUCCUCAUCUGCCGAGAUGGGGCACGGCGCAGGGGCUGGGUAUAUGGGGACCCCUCCCCUGGCGCUGAGACAUGGCCCCUCUGGGGCAAGGGGGGGCUGGGUAUAUGGGGGUCCCCCCGGGACAUGGCCCCUCUGGAAUGGGGUGUGGGGACUGGGUGUAACGGGGACCCCUCGCCCUGCACUGGGACAUGGCCCCUCUGGGAUGGGGUAUGGGGGCUGGGUAUACGGGGACCCCUCGCCCAGCGCUGGGACGUAACCCCUGUGGGUUAGUGGGGGGAAGGGCACUGCCC